AUGGAAGCAGUCGGUCUUGCUGUUGGGAUUUUCGGAGUCGUCAUCGCAUUCAAAGGUGCCAUUGAAACGGCCUUGAUCCUCGAAGACUUCUUUAGUGACGACCAGCAUGAAUCCAGACACUUGGCGCUCCGAUACCACAUCCAGAAAUGUCGGCUCAAGGCAUGGGGUGACCACUGGAAUGCCUACGAUGAGCAACAUUGCACUUUAGGCACCAGAACCAAUGACUUUCACAAGGCAGUCCAGCUGAUUUUGAUUGAGAUCAAGAGGCUCAAUGGCAGAGCGGAAACAGUGAUUUUGAAGCACGACCUCGACAAGGAAAAAUCGAGAUUGAAACGGAAAUUUCGCUGGGAGAUCAGGGCGAAGGCUGAAUUCAAAGAUCUUGUCUCAAGCUUUCAGGCUCUCGUCAACGACUUGGAGAGUUUUACAUACCCCUCAAAUCAACUUCAGUUGCUCACGAGGUCAUUUUUGCCCGAGAUGCUUGCUGAGAUACGAAACAUCAAAAUGCUCGAAUCUCUAGCUGAGCACCCUCCGGCCGGCGACCGGACCCUGGCUUUGUCUGCCAAGGCAAAGUUGCUCCAGGAUCAACUCGAGCCAUCGCGUAGCACUAUCAACACCGCCAUUUGGCUUAACAGGCUGAACUUUGACACCGACCACAAUGAUAACUUUGGUCUUAUUAAGGAGACGGAAUCUAAGAACCGUCCCGUCUGGAUUGAGUGGACGAUACUUGACCAAGGUCCUGAACUACAACUCUAUCUUGCUCGAAUAGAAGGGUUAGGGCGUCUACUGAAACAAGUUAGCGAACCAGCUUUACGCCUUCCCCCCUUCUACGGCAUUUAUGAUGAUUUGGACUAUGAGCUGGAACAUGGCCAUAAGCGUGUCGGAUAUGUCUUUGGCGCCCCUGAACCGGUUUCCGACUAUGAUGGGAGAAUUCACACUUUCAAAAGCGACCUCGUAGCCACUCCACCCAUAACAUUGAGAUCAAUGCUUAUGGCUGAAGGUGCAGACCCGCCGGUUCUGGGAGACCGCUUCCGACUCGCGUUUACUCUAGCUUCCGCAUUUAGUCUCUUUCACGCUGCCGGCUGGCUCCACAAAGGAUUGCAUAGCGACAGCAUUCUGUUCCUGCAGGAAGAGGAUCGUACUAUCAGCGUGACUGAGCCAUUCAUCACAGGUUUCCAAUAUGCGCGUCAACAGAAUCAGGCCUCUCUCUCCCUCGGACCACUAGGGAACAAGAAGUUCGUGCACUAUUAUCAUCCAGAUGCCGCCAGAGGCUUCUCGAAGAGGUUAGAUCUGUAUAGCCUUGGUGUCGUCCUCUGUGAGAUUGGACGCUGGGCCGUGAUACCCAGUAAGAUUUCGGACGCUAGGUUAAGGAAGCUUGUUACAAGAGAGAACUGGCGCAAUUACAUUUUGGGGUCCCGCCUUAAAGAGCUCGGUUGGCGAAUGGGAAAGCAGUACCAGGACGCCGUCCGGGUAUUGCUUGAAUGUGAUCUGCCGGAUGACAAAAGUAAAGUUGGGCACGCAUUGUUUGCACAGGAAUUUCAAAAGAAAGUUCUUCAGCCUCUAAGUCGAUGUAACGCUUAG